ACAAAACAAAAGCAAUGAUUCUUAACGCGCCACUUGCCAGAGUGUGUAAUAGAUCUACAACGAAAGUUGAUGGUAAUCAAAUUCAUGCUUCUGCUCGUCUAGUUCAAGAUGGGAUUAGUUUCACCAUAUAUACAAGCCAUCCCCACUUUGUGUAUUACCUUGAAAGAAACAUGACUCCACAAAGCUACCACGAAGUUACUGGUAGUUUCUCCAUCACCACGUAUCUCUCACCAAUUAGUGGAUAUCCAAAGUACUUCAUCAAGGUCUACCCUACUCGUAUCGCCCCCGUCAUGAUGGAAAAGAACCAGAUCCCAGCCGGUGCUACUGCUAUUGAAGAUGGCACGCCCACAAACAAAAUGGAGUUCUGCGUCGGCCUUUAUGUAUUGCAGCAUUGGGAUUCUUUAUGUACCGCAAAAGGCAAUCGAGCUGAGAUUGCUGAAAGAGUCUUACAACAAUUCCGCCUUCUUGUUGAAGCAGGAACUAUCGUUGGUACGGCUGCUUCCAUUACCCCUUUACACUUGGAUGAGACCUUUGAUACUUUUUCCGGUAUUGUCAAGCCCAAAAGAUUCCUUCGUCGUGAAAAGAAUGUUGUGUUCGAAACAGCUUUCCCAGCUAUCGAUUUCCAAAACAUUGCUAAUAACAUGGAGCCUCUCACGCUUGAUUUGACGGUUAAGGAAACAGAGGAACUCUCACCCCCACAAGAAAAACAAGAUUAACUAUCGGAUAAUUCUCAACUAACUACUUUAACAUUUGCUCUACUUUUAUUUUCUUUUAUUUUUCAAUUCCGUAAAGUAGCUUAUCCCCCUCCUGACUUGUUUUUAAAAAUUAUGAAAUAAAACUCACGUUUACAAAA